CAUCAAAAAGGCAAAUUUGAAGUCCAAUUUUGUCCAAAUUGGCUUCGAAACGGUUGCACACAAACAUUGAGGAGGAGGUGGCGGCUGUUAAGAUUGGCAAACUCUCAGUCAGUGCGUCGCCUCCACCAUCAUCUUUUGGCAUGUCCUCUUCCCAAAAUCACCUGCAAACAAGCUGUGGAAGUGGCGGGGGUAGUGGAAGUAGUUCUAGUCGACAUAGUAACAAGGAAGGCGGCACUAGUUUUCGAAGUUUCUUUGCCAAGUUACGCAAACCAAGUGAACACAACAAUAGUCAGCAGCAUCAACAAUUUACGGUGGGUGGUUGAUUUAAAA